AUGCACGACCCGUUCCCUUUCGCGCCGCCGGAGAGCCUGGUCAAAUAUGUACAGCCCGUGGCCGACUUCCUCAACAUGAAGUCGCUGCCGCUGCACUUCCACGAAGUCGCGAUAGCCUUCACGUUCUACCAGAUUAUCUUCAGCUACGGCGCCCCCGCCAUCUCACGCUUCUUCUUCCCGCGGAUAUACGCCAACUUCACCGCGCGAACCAAGCUCAACUGGGAUGUGCACAUCGUGUCAUUUGUGCAGAGCACGCUGGUCUGCGGAAUGGCGCUAUGGGUCAUGUGGACGGAUAAGGAGCUGAAUCAGAUGGACUCGACGGAGCGCGUGCAUGGAUAUACUGGAGCGUCUGGCUUGAUCCAAGCCAUGGCAGGAGGCUACUUCCUAUGGGACUUGGUCAUCACGUUGCAGAAUGUUAAGGCAUUCGGUACCGGCAUGCUGUUCCAUGCUAUCUGCGCCCUAUGCGUGUUCUCGCUGGGUUUCCGUCCCUUCGUGAACUACUACGCGUGCACCUUUAUCCUCUACGAGCUCUCCUCGCCCUUCCUGAACAUCCACUGGUUCUGCGAUAAGCUCAACAUGACCGGCACCACCAUCCAGCUCGUCAACGGCAUAAUCCUGCUGUGUACCUUCUUCUCCUGCCGCAUCGUGUGGGGAUCCUACAACUCCAUCCGCGUCUUUACCGACGUCUACCACGCCUACGCUGCCGGCGCAUACACGCACUCAGAUCCAGACGUCGGGAAGCUAUCGCAAAACACCACCCUCCACAACGCCGGCUUCAAACACGACAUCCUCCGAUUCGCCGAAGGCCAGACCGUCCCUCUCUGGCUCAUAACUGCCUACCUCGCCUCCAACAUCAUCCUCAACGGCCUGAACUGGUUCUGGUUCGGCAAGAUGAUCGAAACGCUGCGGAAACGCUUCGACCCGCCCUUCGGCACAAAGACACAAGGUCCAGAAAUUAAGGAAACUACACUGGAGAUACCGGAUGAUGAGAAGGUUCUCGUUGAGGGUAUUCACGUCUCUACUCCUGGUGCGGUCGAGCGUGAUGCGAAGGAUUAUAUUGAGGUAACUGACCGGGCGGCUGUGUCGCUCGAGAAGAGCAGGGCGGGCACGCAUUUGGAAGUUGGGCAGACUGAGGUUAGGAGUCGCAAUGCGGGGCAGAGAGGGGGGUUGAGGGCUGCGCAGGCGGCGUAG